CAGGAUCUCUGGGCCAGCCCAGAACGUUCCGGGGUCAAGGAGUCAGAGAUUGAAAACACGGGUCUACUACAACUUGUGGAUUUGUGGUAAUGACUAAUCCUCAAAUGAACUUCAUCUCGAAGGUCGGUACAAUGAGACGGCUUCAUCGUUUGGGACUCGUAUUGUUUGGUCUUCUGUUACUGUUCAUCGUGUUUGUGAGGUUUUUUGAAAGCCAUCUGAGGAAAUGUCAGUUUCCUCCUGCUGCAAAGCCAGAACCUGGAGACCACGUAGACAACUCCCUGGAUCUCUGCUCCCGAACCGAUGUGACGACAUCGACGGACUGGGGAGCUCCCAUUUUGUGGGACGGGAUGUUUGAUCCUGACACCUACGACAAGUAUCACCAAAAAAUGGGCACCUCUGUGGCACUGACUGUGUUUGCCGUCGGGAGAUAUCUGGAAGUGUACCUGAUGGAUCUGCUGUCCUCAGCGGAACUCCACUUCAUGGAGGGUUUACCGGUGACGUACUACGUGUUCACCGACGCCCCAGAGAACGUGCCGGGGCUCCAGCUGAAGACUGGCCGGGCCCUGGAGAUCAUCAAGAUCAAGAGGCACGAGCGCUGGGAGGACAUCUCCAUGAUGCGCAUGAAGACCCUCGCGGACGCCGUCCAGACACGCAUCCGUCACGGCCACCGGUACGUCUUCUGCCUGGACGUGGACAUGGUCUUCGCCGGUCGCUUCGGCUCGGAGGCACUCGGGGAGUCGGUUGCCCUGCAGCACUCCUCCUUCUACAACAUCCCCAAGGUAAGGUACACCUACGACCGCAACCCCAACUCCACGGCCUGCAUGGAGACUGGGGACCUGUACUACCACGCGGCCGUGUUUGGGGGCACGUGGGAGUCCGUGGUGAACCUGACCGAGAGCUGUCACCGGGGCAUAAUGACGGACAAGAGGAAGGGGGUGGAGGCUCUGUGGCACGACGAGAGCCACCUCAACAAGUACUUCUGGCUCAACAAGCCCAGCAGAGUGCUCUCGCCAGAGUACGGCUGGAACCCCCUCAACGGGCCCAGCCGAGAGAUACACGUCAAGCGGCUGCUCUGGGCUGAGAAACACUACAGCAGACUCAGGACCUAGAGGUACCAUGGACCAAAAAUAAAACAAAAAUAAAACCUUUAUAUGCACGAUAUAUCACAAAACAAUUGCACAUUUACAACAUGCAGUAUUAACUUAUUUUUGGCACGAUUAUGUUGUGUACGAGGAUACUAAAUAUGUGUGAAGUUUUACACACAAAAAAACAGUUUUGUGAAAAAAUGCUAAAAUGUUGUAUGCUUGGAGCCGAUUCACUUUGGAAUCUUUGAAGCUCAAUAUAUCAAAACCACUCAGGACACAGAACCUUAUCCUGUAACUCCAAGAUCACAAAAUAUUUUGCCCCAAUUUCAGUUAUCAGCACAAAACUGUAAAACUUGCAAAAACUGCAAUCAACAUAGUAAUAUCCUCCAUGGACAUAGAAAAUGACUGAUUCUUCAUUAUCAACCUUUACAGCCUCUGUUGGUAUUGCUUCCAUGGGUUUACUGUAUGGUAUGAAUCUGUAACUGAUCACUGCCACUGACUUCCAACAAAAAGCUUAACCUUUCUAUGGGAACGCGCUUAUGCAACCACUUAUGGUCCAUAGCAGGGCUGUGAUAGUGCCUUUCCAUCAGGAAGGAUUUAAUGAAUGUCAAUCAACGUGUCGCCAUAUGUAAACGGUUUUUCUUCCUUGAAACAUGCCGGUAUUUUCAAUGUUCGUAAAACCGUCUUUUCUCCGUGGGCAGAGGUUGUUGGGGGGUGACUUCAGGAAAUAG